UCUCAGUGCUGCAGCGCAAGUACACUGUUGCUCUGCAAAACCUGGCGCCCAACUUUUUGUCCAUUUUAUGGUCUCCGCCAAAGUGACAGCGACCCGCCAGUACUGCCGUUGUCUCCGCGGCCCACCACUGUAGCGGUGCAGCUGGUCAUACUGAAGCUGGACUCGGCAGAAAUGUUCGGUUCACCCACGGACACGUCCGGCUGGAAGCCGUACAACUGACUAAUGCAUCCUCGUCCUCCUCACCCUCUCGUGUUCUCUUGGUCUUGGUGUAUAUGGUGGACCUCUGAGGAGAGGGGGAGGUCUGCCAACUGCUCUUGGUUGACGACGCCUGUGGUUGCCGAGGUAACCGGCGACCAUGCCAGGAGGUCGCAGGGGUCCCAGCAGACAGCAGCUAAGUCGCUCUGCCCUGCCAUCCCUUCAAACUCUGGUGGGAAGCAACCUUAGCAAUGGAAUGAGCUUCAGAAACAGAUGCUGCAACUCAUUGGGUCUUUCAGCUCCACCUCUGUCAGUCCUGAUCACCCCUGGGCCGGUCCGUCACGCCAGGAUCCCAGAGCUGCCACUGGACAGCGGUCUGCUGUUUGAGUUCCAGCUCUUUGUUUAUUUGCUGGUGGCCUUGUUUGUCCAGUACAUUAACAUCUACAAGACAGUCUGGUGGUACCCGUACAGCCACCCGUCUGCUUCUACCUCACUUAACUUCCAUCUGAUGGACUACCACCUGGCUACAUUUAUCACGGUGAUGUUGGCCAGGAGGUUCGUCUGGACGGUAGCUUCAGAGGUGUCUCAGAAAAGUGGGGUGUCGUCUCUGCGGUACUGGGCUCUGAUCACAGCCAGACUCAGUCUGCUCACUCUGUGUGGCUGGGUGCUCUGCUGGACGCUGGUCAACAUGAGCAAGAACCACUCUGUGCUCAACCUGCUCUUCCUGGGAUACCCAUUUGGCGUGUACGUCCCGCUCUGUUGUUUCCACCAAGAGGUAGCAAAGAGCCAGACGCCACCGCCAGACUGCGAGUACUCAGUCGAGCAGCAGCACCCCGAGCUGACCGAGACCAGCUUUUUUCGGCCGCGGGACUUCCUCUUCUUGUUACGAGAGAAUCUGAGGGAGCAGUUCUCCAGCCCCCCGCUCAUGCCCACCCACAACUGCCCGUCACACACGCAGCCCAACACGCCAGAUCUGAUCCGAGCCGAGGUGGAGGAGCUGAAAAGCGACUUCAAUCGGCGGAUCAAGGAAGUUCUCUUCAACUCGCUCUUCAGUGCCUAUUACGUGGCCUUCUUGCCUCUGUGCUUCGUGAGGAGCACCCAGUACUACGACAUGCGCUGGUCCUGUGAGCACCUGAUCAUGGUCUGGAUCAAUGCCUUUGUGAUGCUGAUGAGCCAGCUGCUGCCCCCCAGCUACUGCGACCAGCUCCAUCGCUCGGCGGCACAUCUGGGCCGCUGGCAGAAAUUGGAGCCGGGCUCCUACAGCAACACACCUCAGCACAUGUGGACAGCGAGCACCGUUUGGCCUCAGGGCGUUUUGGUACGACACAACCGCUGUCUCUACAAAGCAGUUGGACCCAACAAUGUCGCUCUGCCUGCCGACGUCUCCCACUCAAGGUUUUAUUUUCUCUUCCACAAGCCGUUGCGGAUCCUGAACCUGCUGAUCUGGAUCGAGUCCAGCGUGGUUCUGUACCAGCUGUACUCUCUGUUGCGUUCGGAGCGCUGGAACCACACUCUCUCUCUGGGCCUCAUUCUCACCUGCAACUAUUACGUCCUGUUCAAACUGCUGCGAGAUCGGCUGGUGCUGGGCAAAGCCUACUCCUUUGCGACGUCUACCAAUGAUUUGAGUCUGAAGACGUCGUAGAGGCGCCUGUGUGCUUGGCUCGAGGUUAAAGGGACAGACUGUGAACUCAUAAACAUGUUUUGAUACGGUUCUAUUUUUAAUGUUUAUAUAUACAUAUUUAAAAGAAUAUUUUAUUUUGUAUACUAUUUCGAGUUCCGCUGGGCAUUACCACACUGACGACUCAACAGUGUUAUGUUGUUGCUAGGCAACAGCAGAGUCAGGGAUGCCAAGUGAGUUUCACCAAAGAUAUUAUUACAAGUGCAUGUGGCCAAUCACAGAGUGAAUUAGGUCGAAGCAGACAAAUGUUUUGUAGCGAUCGACAGAGUUGUGGUUUGGUAAAUCAGCUCUGGUUUGACAUGAAAGUCUUCAACCACAUUCAUAGUAUGGGAGAUUUGAAUGAAGAGCCGUCCUCUCCGUGGCGUCGGGGUGAUGAAACCGUUUUUGUUGAGACGGCUGUUGUUCCAAAGCUGCAGCUGCAUGUUCAGACAAUAGUUGUGUUGAGUCUCUGGAAUGUGUCGAGCUCCUCGUUGAACUCUCCUCAAACAUGCAAGUAUUAUUUUCAAAAAGUUAUUUUAACAAGACGUCACAGAUGAAUUUGAAUCACUUCUAAUGUUUCUCUUGUGGGUUACAAUCUGUUUCUUUCUCAUCAGCUCGCUGAAGACACAGCGGAUUUGUCAAACAUCCUCUGCUGUCCUUCCACAGCAUUUGAUUUUCAAUAACAAGCUGAAGUCCUUGUUUGACUCUUCAGGCUCUUCGAGUUUACACUGUGUUUCAUUGGCUUUUGGGGUUCAACUGCUCGCAUCAUAAUAGGAUUGAGGUCUGGAUCAUGUCGGAUCAGAUGCCUUCAUGGGCCUCUGGAAAUCAUUUGCCUAAUAAAACAGUUGGUACAUCUCAGAAUCCAACACUUCUUUGUGACAGUCAAACAUGGUUUGCCUUUAUACUGCUAAGUUACUGAGAGGUGUAAAGAACACAAGGAAUGGGCCGGAGGGGAAGUAUGUCGGGUGGAAAAUAUGAGAUACUUUUCAAUUUGAGUGAAAAAAAAAAACAUUUUACAUCACAUGGAGAAAGAAAGUGGAAAUAUUCUCCCAUGAUGCCACUGGUUUUUAACUAUAAGCAAUGUCUUAUAAAGGCUGUCUAAUUUGAUAAAGGAUUUCUGUAGUGAAUGAUGUUCAGUUGCUCUCUUGACCACCAGUGGGCGCCAGAACCAUGCACUGUUCAGUCAUUCAAACCAGCGUAAAAUACAAUCCUUUUUAUUCAGUUUAACAGCAUUUAAUGUGUCAGAACUGAAACACGGUUAUUGAAACAAACAUUUGAGAGCCUUGGGUGGUUCGCGGAUACAUUCAGAUGUUGCCGUCUUCCCUUCUGGUGUUGUAUUCUGUAUCUAUGAUGAUCAACGAGCCGCCGUGGCUUGGUGCUGUUACUCUGUAGAGACCCUCAGUCUGGACUCGCUACAAAAG